AUGACCAGCUUCACGAUUGGCGUGUUGUACGCGACCAUUGCAUUCACUACCUUUGGCCUCUACCCCCUGUAUUUCAAACAGCUCGACGGGACGCCCUACCUCCAGGUCACGACCUGGCGUGUUGUGUGGUCAUUUCCCAUCGCCGUCGCGCUCUUUGUAUGGAAAAGCGACUGGAAAGCCUUUGUCCAGACAGCGCUGACGCGAGCGUCCCUGCAGCAUCACACGAUCUCGGCCGUCUUGUUGGGGGGACUGUGGCUUCUGUACCUGUACGGUGUGGAGGCCAACUACAUCGUCGAGAUCAGCCUCGGGUUCUUUAUCAACCCCGUCCUGAGUGUCAUCCUCGCCGUCGUCGUUCUCAAGGAGCCUCUCCGCCGGGUGCAACAACUUGCGGUCGCCAUUGCAAUCGGGGGUGUCAUUGUCGUGGCCAUUGGUUAUGGAAAGUUUCCGUGGCUCGGCCUUAGUAUUGGCGCGUGUCUCGCGCUGUACGGCCUCAUGAAAAAGACGUCCCCCCUCGGGCCCAUCGACAGCAUCUUCCUUGAAGUCACCAUCCUCCUGCUGCCGUCUGCCGCGGCUCUCGUGGCGAUGAAAGCGAAUGGCACAAUGGUAUUUAUGCACUCGUCAGCUAUGGUCGACUGGUUCCUGGUCGGGUCCGGUGUCGUGACCGUCCUCCCCCUUUUGCUGUAUGCGUCCGCCGCUCAAAAAAUCUCGUUCACGCUCAUUGGGCUGCUCCAGUACAUUGGCCCCAUGCUCACGUUUCUAUUUGGGGUCUUUAUCUUCCAUGAGGAGUUUUCGACUGCGAGAUUGAUCGGGUUCAUCUUUGUCUGGGUCGCGCUCGCGAUGUUCGCCGUGGAGGGGAUCGUGAACUCGCGCAUCAAAGCAAGGAAGACUUCGAUCGUCACACUAGCGAGCACCGACACAGGCGUUGACAUGGACGUCACCAUCACUGUCGGUGCCGCCGGCUCCGAGGGCGACUCGACGGCCCCUGUCCAUGAUGGCUUUAACGAGAUCAUCGACAGCGACCACCAUAUCGUGUGCAACAUCGCCGACAAGCCGCAUCCUAACUCAUAA